AUAUGACCAAGAAUUUGCAGCAAUCUGAAUUAAAAUCUGAUGUAUUGUAUGGGAUCAUAAUGGCUACAGAGGGUGUAUCAGAUGUCAGUGUUGAUGAUGACUUUGCUGUAUCCCAAAUUAAAGCUAAUUUAGAUGAACCAAAGUGGGAUCAGAAUACCUACCAAGGAAGAGCUAAACAUUUCUUUACUGUGACCAAUCCUCUAAAUGUUCUAUUGAGUGGUAAACAACUAGAUGAAGCUAAGACUCUUGUACAGCUAUACAAACAAGGCAGACUUCCGGCCACCGUCACAGAAGAUGAAUUAUGGCGAGCAAAAUAUCGAUACGACUCAGCAUUUCAUCCUGAGACUGGAGAGAAGAUGAUUUUGAUUGGUCGAAUGUCAGCUCAAGUACCAAUGAAUAUGACCAUAACUGGGUGUAUGAUGACUUGGCAUCAGAGCACACCAGCUGUCAUAUUUUGGCAGUGGAUCAACCAGUCUUUCAAUGCCAUCGUCAAUUACACCAAUCGUAGUGGUGAAGAUCCCAUACCAGUCAGUCAACUUGUGAAAUCAUAUUUUCUAGCCACUAGUGGUGCUUUGGCCACAGCAUUGGGACUGAACAGUUUAGUAAAGGUAAGCAUGCAUGUUGUAGUGUUACAAAAUGAGUUAUAUUUGCACUUUUAA